AUGGAUGCUUGUCAUUUGCUUUUUGGGAGGCCUUGGCAAUUUGAUAGAAAAACUAAACAUGAUGGGUUCAAGAAUACUUACACUUUUAAGAAAGAUGGAAUUAAAGUCAUUUUGGGUCCAUCCAAAAUAGAGAUAAAUCCUAAACCUUCAAAAGGGGAGGGAAAUAAUUUACUCUCAAAAUCUAAAAUUGAUAAGGCCAUAGAAGAAUCAAAGGUGGUUUAUGCUCUUGUGGUUUUAGAAAAAAAUGAAGCAAACUAUGUCAUCCCUUCUCAAGUGCAACCCCUUCUUCAAGAGUUUAAGGAUGUUGCUCCGGAAGAACUUCCACCCAGUCUUCCACCCAUAAGGGAUAUUCAACAUUGCAUAGAUUUUAUUUCGGGAGCUGUCAUUCCAAAUAAGGCAGCCUAUAGAAUGAGUCUACAGGAGCAUGAAGAGCUACAAUGGCAAGUAGAUGACCUUAUGGCUAGAGGAAUGGUUAGGGAAAGAAAAAGUUCAUGUGCUAUCUCUGCUCUUCUUGUACCAAAGAAGAAUGGAUCCUGA